AUGUUGGUAGCCUUUUACACAAUCAUCAUCGGUUUACUGUGCGUGAGCUCCGCCUCCGCUCAAACCACCUUUGGCACGUCUCAGAAACAAGUCUGGAUCCCCCCAGCUACUGAGUACACGCUCUAUGAUUACUCAGGCAGCGGUGUCCUGACAUCCAUGUGGUUCGGCGGAAGCUGGACAGACUGGGAUCAAACUCUAAUCAACAUCUAUGUUGAUGGAGAAAGCAGCCCCAGUAUAUCUUUUGAACUAUACCUCGGUCACGGCAUUGGUUACGGGGACCAGACUGCCCCGUGGGGAACAGCUCGCAUCGGUUUGACGAGUACACCUUCGGGCAUAUAUAACACAUAUCGAAUCCCUUUCGGAUCCCGAAUCGUCGUAACAGUGAAAAUGCCACCUUCAGUAACAUCGAAUCAAGCCUUCUGGUGGAUCCUUCGAGGGGAAACAAACUAUCCCAUUACGUUCAACGGAUAUACACUGCCAUCCACAGCCCGAUUACAACUACAGAAACAAAACAAUAUUCUCGUUCAACCGCUCGAUUUAUUCACGAUGGCAGAAGUCAGUGGCAAAUAUGGAAUGCUCUAUCAGGUGACGAUGGCCGCCAAUAGCAGCAGUUUCAGUUUCUUAGAAGGCCAAUUCCGCGCGUACAUUGAUGGUGCAACAAACCCAUUAUAUCUGUCAUCGGGCACGGAAGACUACUUCCUUGGGUCUUACUAUUUCAAUGACGGGAUUUAUCAUCUCCCUGUCGCCGGUUGCACGCAUUUCGUCAACAACCAAGCGUUUUCGGGUUACCGAUUCCAUGAAGAGGAUCCGAUAUUUUUCAGCAACGCACUGACACUGCAAGGUCGGUGUGGGGAAGAAGCAGACAAUUAUGUCUUUGGGCCUUCACCUCCCGCAGCUACUACUUUCACCACAUACGCCUGGGUGUAUACUUGCCAUAUCAUUUCGCCAUAUGAGGCGUCUAAGUUGCUUGAUUAUUUCUUCAACGACUUUGACCUCACCAGUCUCUGGACCCGCUCUCCGUAUAAUUUGGCAACAAUCUUCCGCAAAGAAUCGAUCCUACGCCUUCAGGAGCCUCGCCCAACUUCCCCUGCGCUGCUUGUCGCAUUUUUGUUUGUGGCUGCCCAAACUUGCGACCAAACCGUCUUUCUUAAUCGCAACAUCCUUAGGGAGAAUAUAUGUGACGAACUACUAGCAAUAACUGUAACCCUUCUGGGUGAUGCGGCGCCCGAAGUCAAUUCUUCAAGGCUUCCCGAUCUCUCGCGGAAUACUCGGAGUGGUUUGUCCCUGGGUAUCCCAGCUGCCCCUCACUCUGAUACAGCGACUUCACUUCCACCCUCAAGCUCCGGUCACAAGCUCAACAGCGAUGGUCCAAAUAGCAAUCUCAAUGUAGACCAAAUCGUUGCUUGCAUGCUAUGCGGGAUAGUUCUUUCCGGCAGUGAUCUCAAAUUUGACUGCUUAAUGUGGUUCGAGAAGGCUAGAGUAAUGUCAUUUAUCCUCGAACUGAAUCGAGAGGUAGACGAUCAUCUUUCAGCACAGGAAGGUGUAUCUCAGAAUCUCCGUGAGAUGAUCUCUCAUGAAGAACGAAAGGAAGAGCGAAGAAGAACUUGGUGGCUACUUUACGCCAUGGACCGACAUCUAGCUUUAUGCUACAAUGUGCCGCUCCAGAUAUUGGAUACCAGAUGCCAAAUUUAUCAACCUUUGGAGGACGAAAAGUGGCGAAAUCUGGAGCUCCACUUGAGUGAUGCGCGAUCUCCACGGCGCCCUUUUGGUCCCCCAUCUACGAUUAGCGGGACGAGUUUCUUUGGAUUCUUUUUACCGUGCAUGGUAGUUCUUGGCGAUAUCAUCGAACUGCAUCACCUUCGCCUCAACCCUCGAUAUUCAUCUCUUGACAAUGAAUCAUUUGAAAAGCUUAUUGAGAGUGCGUUGCAACAGCUGGUAUCGUCAAUUACCUGUUUUUCUGCUGGUAACCAAGCUAUCGAUGUCACAGAAGCUUCACCGGUGCUACUGAACAAGCAAAGCGAUUCCAACGUAAUCCAGGCCGUCACAGCAUACAGCACCUUUCUUGUGAACGUGCUGGCCAUUCUGGCCUAUGGGGAGUGGGACGUUAUCGCCAUGCUUCAUCCAGAUUUCUCGAAGCUGCAUGGCACUCGCCUUGCCCAGCUUUCCCAUUACACUAGCCUCGCCUCCCAGGCAACAGAAGACAUUCUCGAGUGCGACCCUGAAUUGACAUUUAUGCCGUACUUACUGGGGAUUUACAUUCUUCAGGCGGGAUAUGCUGUUCUUGCAGUUGCGGAGAGAACCGACGAUCCUGCAGGCAGUGCGAGUUGCAAAGGUCUCGAAACUUUCAUCCGGGUGCAUGAGUCGUGUAUUGCGACCCUCGAUACGAAAUAUCAGAGGAAUUUCCGCAAAGCCUUACGAGGCACACUCAAUGUUCUGAAAGGGAGAAAUACUGGGCCUGUAGCAGAAUACCAGGCGCGACGGCAGGAAAUUUUGUCGUCACAUCGAUGGAAUCUGGAUGGCAAUGGCUUGCUUAUAUAA